AUGCGCGUAUCCGAGAUCGCGGCAUCGUCCGGCUGCUCUCUCGCCGAAGGUGACUAUGUCAAGCUCACCAUGGACAUUGGCGCCCCCGGGGGCUGGAACACGGGGCAGAUCGUGCGCAUCUACGGUCUCGUCCGUGAGCCCUAUCCUCCAGGCCUCGUCGUCCCCGUCUCUCGACGGCCCCCGCUAGGAGACCAUAACACCGUGUACUUUUUUCAACGGCGCGCCCCAGUCUCCUGGACGGAGUCCAUGCUCUCCGAUUCAUCUGGCGCGGGGGACGGAACAGGUUUGGUUGAACACGCGUCACUGCUCGUACUCGACGGAGAUCGGCUGUGUGGGGUGGAUGCCGACCGGGCUUUGGGCCCGGGAGACACCGUCUACCUAUCCCAAGAUACCCAGUUCGCGCCGUCUGCCCUCGGUACCGGGCCGCGCACGCUCCCGCGAACGCGGGUUUACAACGCCCCGCGAGGGACACGGUGCACGGUUCGAAGUCGCCGAAGCCUCGCGACCGGUGCUGACCUGUCACCGUCCACGACGGCGUCCUCGACGGAGAGCGUGGACGGCGUCGGGUACGUUCUCGAGACGGACGUCACCGCGACGGACACGGAGUGGGAGACGUACUCGGGGUCGAAGAACUGGGAGUGGUUCGCGCCUUUAUCACAGGAGGAGCUUAGGGCGGUUGAAGACGCGACCGCUGGAGCGCGUGGAUGUGAGGUCUCUUGGGACGUCGUGGGCUGA